GGCCCGAGAGCCCCGUUCCGCGGGGAGCAGGCGCUCGCGCCGAGCACGGGUUUCAGUUUCUGGCGCGAACUUCCGCCGUUCCGAAGUUGCACGGCGAAUUGGCGCGAUGUCUGGGGACAGUAGUGGCCGCCGGCCCGAGGGCCGGGGCCGCGGUCGCGACCCGCACCGGGAUCGCACCCGCUCCCGCUCCCGCUCGCGGUCCCCGCUGUCGCCCGUGUCCCGCCGCGGGGCCGCGCCGGAGCGCAGGGAGGCCCCGGAGCGCCCGAGCUUGGAGGAGACAGAGCCGUCGGACUCCGGGGACGAGAUGGUGGACCCGGCCAGCUUGGAGGCGGAGACCGACCACGGCCUGUGCCGCCAGAUCCGCCAUCAGUACCGGGCGCUCAUCAACUCUGUCCAACAAAACCGGGAGGACAUACUGAAUGCCAGCGACAAAUUAACAGAGGUCCUUGAAGAGGCCAACACUUUGUUCAAUGGAGUGUCCCGAGCAAGAGAAGCAGUCCUAGACGCCCACUUUCUCGUUUUGGCUUCAGAUUUGGGCAAAGAGAAAGCAAAGCAGCUGCGCUCCGAUCUGAACUCCUUUGAUAUGUUACGAUAUGUUGAAACUCUACUGACACAUAUGGGUGUAAAUCCGCUAGAAGCUGAAGAAUUCAUCCGUGAUGAAGAUAGUUCUGAUUUUGAAUUCAUAGUCUAUGACUCCUGGAAAAUAUCAGGCAAAACAGCAGAAAACACCUUUAAUAAAACCCAUACAUUCCACUUUCUGUUGGGUUCAAUACAAGGAGAGUGUCCUGCACCAAAGCCACGAGUUGAUCGUCCAAGAAAAGUUAAAACGAGAGAAGAGGAGAAGAACAUGCCUGUCCAGUUAAAAAGAAUGGAAGAGUCUCAUCAAGAAGCCACAGAGAAAGAAGUAGAAAGAAUCUUGGGAUUGUUGCAAACAUAUUUUCGGCAAGAUCGUAAGUAUGGCACGAAAUUCCAACCGGAACCACUUGAUGGUUUUGCAAGAAUAAGACUUGACCAAGACCGACUGCCAGUAAUAGAGCCUGUUAAUAUUAAUGAAGAAAGUGAGGGAAUUGACCAAAACACCCAAGUUAGGAAUCAAGGAAUUAUAGCUUUGAGUUACCGUGACUGGGAGGAAAUUGUGAAGACCUUUGAGAUCUCAGAGCCUGUGAUUACUUCGGGUCAGAACCAGCAGCGGCUAAGUGCUUGAUGCCAGCUGAAGGACUCAAAUAAUAGUGAAAUCCAAAAAGGAAAGCAGCAUGUACUGUAUAUAUUGUAUGAUUCAACAUUUUUAAAGACAGAUUGUUUUUAGUAAAAUGUAGCUUUUGAUAGUUAAUAAAUUUGUCAUGGUUGUCUUUGAUUAAAGGAACUUCACUGCCAUAUUCACAAAU